AUGUCCAUGGUCAGAAAGAGAGGGUCCCUCCUCUUUGAGUUUCACUUUGUGACAACGACGAAGGAGGAGGAAGAUGAGGAUGACGAAGAUGAAGUGUCUGAUUUGAUGGGACCAGUGGAAGACGAUAUUGACGAAGCAGAAGAGGAAGCCGAAGCUGAGGCGAUUGAUGACUUCUCAUCCAGCAAUCAUCUCCCUGGCAUCAUCCAUGGCUCCUGUCCUCCAUCGUCUGGUCUCCACGGUGACGCAGAGGACUCUUCCUCCAUGGAGCUCCGGCGGCGGCCACACUCGUGUCCCGACUGCGGCAAGCGCUUCACACGCCUGGAGCACCUGCGCUCACACCGGCGCGUGCACACGGGAGAGAAGCCCUACCAGUGCGCCCAGUGUGGCAAGAGCUUCAUGUAUGCCGGAAACUUCCGCGAGCACCGGCGCGCCCACUCCGGCGAGAAGCCCUACGUGUGCCCCGAGUGCGGCGCGAGUUUCGGCCGCUCAGGCACCCUCAAGGACCACAUGCGCAAGCACACGGGUGAGCGUCCGUACACGUGCGGCGAGUGCGGGCGAAGCUUUCGGCUCGCUGCGCGGCUAAAGGCCCACGGCCGCACACACACGGGUGAACGGCCAUUUCGCUGCGCCGACUGUGGCCGCAGCUACGGCGAUCCGUCCAGCCUGCGGCAGCACCGGCGCACCCACACAGCAGCAACGCCACACGCGUGCGAGGUGUGCGGCCGCCUCUUCAUGGACUCGUCGUCGUUCCGCCGGCACAAGCGCACGCACACCGGUGAGAAGCCACACAGCUGUGGCCAGUGUGGCAAGGCCUUUGCCCGGCUGGGCCACCUGCGCAAGCACCUUCGCAUGCACAGCGGUGAAAAGCCCUAUGGCUGCGACGAAUGCGGCAAGCGCUUCACACAGUCUGAGCACCUCAAGAAGCAUACGCUCACGCACACGGGCGCUCGGCCAUACCCGUGCCUCGCCUGUGGCAAGGGCUUCCGGGAGCCGGCCAAGCUCCGGGCGCAUUUCCGCACACACGCGACAGAAGGGGAGAAAGCGAGCCGGCGCGGCGACGGGGGGCGCCCUUUUGUGCAGUCGGCCCAGCCAGCGGAACAUCCGAGGAACCAUGACACUGGAGAAGUCACGCCCGCCAAGGUCACGCCCGCCAAGGUCACACCCGCCAAGGUCACACCCGCCAAGGUCACGCCCGCCAAGGUCAGGACCUUGGAGGAGGAGGAGAAGAAGGAUGAAAACACUGACACAAUACGUAAUGAUGCCAUAUUUGCUCCAACUCUGUCCUCUGUCUCCUGA